UUUCUCAAUCCCACAGCCAUAACCCAACACCUUAAUCUUCCUACUUUUCAAUCGGAAAACCAAAAUUUUUCAGUUCCUCACAACUCUCCAAAUUCAAUCCGAAAUCACGAGUUUUCCAAUUCCACGGUCUCUGAAUUUCUCCUCAAAGCAUUAAAACGCGUAGCUUCUUCAACGACUAGUGUUUUUUGCCGUCGUUUUGAUCCACAAUGGUCUCGUUUCUUUGGUUCUCAGACGGCCGUGGAACCCUCGACCUCGGACGGGCUCACCGUGGAGAGAAUCAUCGCUAGUGGGUGGACCAUUCUCGACGAGAGCGAGAAGGAUUGGAAGAGUCACGCCGCUGCUGUUGCCCAAUCCAUUCAUGUCAUCAAGAAACGGAUGCAGUGGAAGAAGUUGCUGGUAAGGUUGGAUCUGCUAACGGCAGAGCUGAAUAAGCCGGAUAUUUGGAAUGAUCCUGUGCAUGCAGGGAGGGUAAGCCGUGAGCAUGGCUCGCUUAUGGGUAAAAUGAAAGGGGUCAAGGCGUUUGAGCGAGAAUUGCUCGAGCAUAUAGACAUGAUUAAGCUUGCUCGUGAAGAAGAUGAUGCAGAGUUGGAAUCGGAAGCACUGAAAGCUUUGCUUCAAAUGAGAAGAAUCUCAAAAGAGAAAGAGCUAGAAGCUAUGUUAGCUGGGGAACAUGAUCCUUGCCCAUGUUACAUAGAGGUUCAAGCAGGAGCUGGCGGUACUGAGAGCAUGGACUGGGCAUCCAUGGUCAUGGUGAUGUAUAAAAUGUGGGGUCAACAUCGUGGCUAUAAGGUUACUGUUGUGGAUGAAAUGCCUGGUGAAAUUGCAGGAAUCAAG